GUCCUAAAAUUAAAGUUUUUAAGAAGUAAGCCAUAUGUUGCCGUACUCGCAAACGAGGGCAGAGUAAGCACUCUUGUCUCUUUCUCUACUAGUGGGAACAGAACUUCGGCACAUAAAGGUUCCGCCUUAUCCGGCAGUCGGAAUUAUUUUGUCGAUGGCUUGCUGAAAAAAUUCUAACGUGCCUCCAUGAAGCUUACCAAAGACUAGAUGAAAAACAAAGUGAUUUAAACACUAUAAUUCAUCCUUUACGCCCUUAAAAUAUGGCUUUACGGAAAUUUAGCGCUUGUGUCCUCUGUCAGAGGGCGGUUAUGGUGAAGAUCAUGAGCAGGGGAGUGAGUGCAGCUGCACACCCACAGCCCCAGGUAGAUUUCCUAAAAGGAGAAUCACACAGGAAGCACCCCGGUGUGACCAACCUGAAAACUCUGCGCCUUCCUGACCAGCUGCAGACGGCUGCACGGUCCAUUAUUGACAGAGCUCAGGUGUUUCAGCUGACUGAACGCGCUCAUACUCUCACAAACUUCCUGUGGAGCAGAAAACGAUCAAUCGAUGAUUCGACUCUGAGGAAGAAAGCUGUGAGCAUUGAGAAAGUACUCUGGGAGAAGGCGAUGGAGAAGAGAGGAGAUAUUGAUGAACAAUUGCUGGAAGACCGCAUCAGGAGAAAAGUUCUUUCAGAGCUCAAAAGAACCACGCAUCGCUGGACUGCCAUGAAAUAUGAUGAGGAGGUCAGUGUGGUGUACAUGGUGGCUCGGCUGGCUGGGGGCUAUGCAGCAGUGAGGAGAGCUAUGAAUGAGAUAAAAAAGAGGGACCCCUCGUUUGCUCCUCACUCUCUCCUGGAUUUUGGAUCAGGGCUGGGAACAGUUGUCUGGGCGUCACACUCGUGCUGGGGCGACACUCUGAAGGAGAUGGUGUGUGUGGACAGCUCAGGGGCGAUGAACAAUCUGGCAGAACGACUCCUCAAAGGUGAUGAUGAAGGAGUUGAACCGCACAUCAAACAUGUUUAUUUCAGACAGUUCCUCCCUGUCUCUCCUAAGGUGCAGUUCGACUUGGUGGUUUCAGCUUUCACCCUGUCAGAGCUUCUCAGUGUGAAGGAGCGAGAGGAUGCAGUGUUGACUCUGUGGAGAAAGACAAGCUCGUACCUGGUGCUUGUAGAAAAUGGAACUAAAGAGGGCCAUCAGAUGCUGAUGGAGGCCAGAGAUACUAUAUUAAAGAAACAAGACAAGACGGUCCAUGACCCAAGACCAGCGUCAGUGUUCGCUCCGUGUCCUCACAAUCUGACGUGUCCUAAACUGACCAGUGAGCGCAACACACCUUGUAACUUCCAGCAGAUGUACCACCCUCUGCCUCUGCCCGGGCACAAUGGCCAGCAGACGGAGAAGUUCAGCUACGUGAUUCUGAGUCGGUCGGGACCAGCGGAGGCGGGAACUGAAGGUGUGGACUGGGCACGGUUGAUUGCACCGGUGCAGCGCAGAACACGACACGUCCACUGUCGAAUGUGCUGCCCGGAUGGACAACUACAACAUCUGGUGGUGACGGCACGAAAACACAACAGAGAUGUGUACCGCUGUGCCCGGAACAGCGACUGGGGAGAUCAACAGCCGAUAAUUCAGAGCAUGGAGGAAGACUUUGAGAGUGAUUCAGAAUGAUGAUUCAGCGAGGAAGAGACGCAUUCUUUAUACUUUUGGAACAAAACUGAGAUAAGACUUCAGUCCAAGGACUCACCAGCUUGAAGUUGAACAGAACAUCAGUAUUUUCUAUCAGAACUGUGACAGACUCAUUCGACAACCUGAUUAAAUCAAUGAAAAGUCAA